UCUCCAGUAAUCCCGAAGGUUUCUCUGAGCCCUGCUGCCAGGUUUCAUAGGACAACUAUAACGCUAUUCAGAAAAGUGUAACACUUCACUGACAGCUAAGAUAAAAUGGCUGCAGUGGACAAGGAUGUGGCUGAGAAGUUUUUGGACAGUAAUCCAACAUUUGCCAAGCAGUACUAUGACUCCAGGUUCCGGGCCAAGGUCGUCUCCGACCUUCUGUCGACCACCCGUAAAACAGAAGUGGACAACAGCUCUUACCAUGAGCUGAGCUCUAUUGAGGAGUGCGAGAUCAUUUUCGAUAUGGUGCGGGACAUGCAGGAAAACCUGCAGAUGGAGAGGGCCGUGUUCAACCUCAUGCGGCAUCUCACCUUCAUGAUACGAGCAGACCGCAUGAGUCUCUUCAUGUACCGCCAGAGGAACGGCAUAGCUGAACUGGCCACGCGACUCUUCAAUGUCCAUAAAGAUGCCACACUGGAGGAGUGUCUGGUGCCACCGGACAGUGAGAUUGUGUACCCGCUGGACACAGGCAUUGUGGGCCAUGUGGCCACUGCCAAGAAGACCGUCAACAUUCCUGAUGUCACAAAGGACAGCCACUUCAGUGACUUUGUAGACACCCUGACAGAGUACCAGACCAAGAGUGUUCUCGCAACUCCCAUUAUGAACGGCAAAGACAUGGUGGCCGUCAUGAUGGCUGUCAACAAGAUCGAUGGUCCACAUUUCACUGCUCAGGAUGAAGAGACGCUGAAGAAAUAUCUCAACUUUGCCAAUCUUGUGCUUCGAGUGUUUCACCUGAGCUACCUGCACAACUGUGAGACCAGAAGGGGACAGGUGUUGCUCUGGUCUGCCAGCAAAGUGUUUGAGGAGUUGACUGACAUUGAGAGACAGUUCCACAAGGCCCUCUAUACAGUCCGAGCCUUCCUCAACUGUGACCGCUACUCUGUGGGCCUCCUGGACAUGACCAAAACUAAAGAGUUCUUUGAUCUUUGGCCCGUACUAAUGGGAGAGGUGGCCCCAUAUAGUGGACCAAAGACACCUGAUGGCAGAGAAGUGAUUUUCUACAAAGUGAUUGAUUACAUAUUGCAUGGAAAGGAGGACAUCAAAGUAAUUCCUAACCCUCCUCCUGACCACUGGGCAUUAGUAAGUGGGCUUCCCACCUACGUUGCAGAGAACGGCCUGAUCUGUAAUAUCAUGAACGCUGCUCAAGACGAGGUCUUUGAAUUUCAAAAAGAACCUCUCGAUGAAACUGGAUGGACAAUUAAGAAUGUGCUCUCUUUACCCAUCGUGAACAAGAAAGAAGAAAUCGUUGGCGUGGCCACAUUCUAUAACAGGAAAGAUGGAAAGCCUUUUGACGAACAGGAUGAAACACUAAUGGAGGUAUUUGAGGCCACAGUAUAGACCAGUACUGUGUCAUAGCUAAAUAUACAAUAAUGGAUGAAUCAGCAGACUCUGCAUUAUUUAUCCAUAGUGUGUUUUGCCCUUUGAAAGUUAAACAAAAAGUACUUAGUUUCCUUGAGCUACAGUCCACAGAAAGCAUUUUUAUUUUAGCUCAACCGUUCUUUGUGGGUUUUCAGAUUCAUUUCUGUCUGAUCUGUCUAAUGUUUUUAAUCUUCUUGUCAGAUUCCUACUUUACGUAUCUCAAUAUGAAUCUGAAAUGAAAUUGUGAAUCUAAACCCGAAUCUGAAUUUAAACCUGAACCUCAACCUUCAGUAAAUAUGAACAUGGACCUGAAUAUAAACCUGAAUCUGAACCUGAAUCUCAACCUUAAAUAUGAACAUGAAUAAAAAUGUGAAUCUAAAUCUGAAUCUGAAUGUGAACCUGAAUCUCAAUCUCAAUCUCAAAAAAAGUAAGGUAAAUGUGAAUGAGAAAGUGUAUUUUUACACAACAACGAAAUGCUUAAAACAGAGAAGUUUAUCCUUUUGAGUUUUAUGCGUAUAGGCGACACCAGGCGCGUCGUUAGACAUGGGCAUUCGGGGCUUCAGCCCCGGAUGUUUUUUUUUUAUAGCCCGGGAUCUCAAAAAAAAAAAAAAAAAAAUAUUGAUCAUUAUUAUUAAAUUUGAAUAAUUUUUGUAUUUAUUUAAAAAAAAUUACCCGGUAUUUUAAUCUAUCCUUCGGAAUAAUGUAUUAAAGACGAUUAGCAGAUCAAAUUUACUAUGGUUACUAAUGGUUACACAGCACGCUUGAGUUUAGAUUGCGCACCAGAGGAGAGAGAGAGAGAGUACCUGAAAGAGCAUCAGUUAACUUACAGCUUUAGGGCUUGACUGUCAUUGUUGUUUGUGGCUUCAUUAGACACUUUUUUAAAAGGAAAAUAAGGAGUCAUGAACGAUACGAGGCCGAUGAGAGGCAAGAAGAGUUAUCUUAUUGGCGCCGUUCCCUCAUCAAAGCUCUUCAGCAAAGCCUGGUCGUCUAAUUUAACGUUACUUAAGUUAGCCCUGUAAGUUACUCAUUGUGGUUUUAAUGCAGAACAUGUAAAGUACGUGGGACCUUACUAUUUCGCCUAAACAAGCUAAUCCAUUUUGUGAGUCAUCAUAAUCCGUUUCUCGUGAAGAAUGUAGAUGAAGUAGCCUAACUUAUUCAUCUGAUUUGGCUAAGAUUGGAUAAGAUAGGAUUUUUCCCAAUUGGUAUUAUCGAAGAAAAUACUAAUUAUCUUUAGGAAUCCUAUCUUGCUUCCUCCUAUCCAGAGCCGGCCCGAGCCUUUUGGGGGCCCUAAGCAGAAUUUGAUUUGGGGGCCCCUCCCACGACGCGGAGUCACCUGUGUUUUACGAUUAUUGACACAAAUGUCACGCAAUAAUGAUACAUUAUAAAUGAAUACACUUAGGUUAUGUAUUAGGCUACAACAAAAUUAAUACUU